AUGCCUCUGAUUGAAGUGAUCGCAAAUGAUCGUCUCGGACGCAAAGUCCGCGUCAAGUGCAGCCCUGAUGACACGGUUGGCGACCUAAAGAAGCUGAUUGCUGCCCAAAUUGGUACCGAUCCCAGCAAGAUCCAGCUCAAGAAAUGGUAUACCAUCUUCAAGGAUCAUAUAACGCUGGCCGAUUACGAGAUCCACGAUGGCCAAAGUCUAGAAAUGUAUUGA